AUGGCGACAUCAAACUGGUCAAUUCUGGAUACAAAGUACGCCAAGCAGGUAAAUAGUCUAAUUGCUCCAGAUUUUACAGGUGUUUCAUCUUUAAUCGCUAGGCAGGCAAUACUCAAAGGAUACUGUCCCAAAGUCAGCGUUCACAGUUCACCAACCGCUGAUCAUGUUGCCCGCAAUUAUGGGUUCUCUAAUUUCUUGUCGUUUCUGCGGUUCUUUGAGUAUGAUUUGGCAGAUUCCGAUUUCUGCCUCCCAUCCGACAAGGGAGAGCCCAAUCGCAUAGUAAUCAAGUUUGUGGACUCGAUAGAGCACAUAAUUGAAACACAAGACGCAAAUAAAGGCUCGUUCCAAGGCCAGUCCGCUCCAGAAAAGCCGGCCGGCCGGUUUCCAGAGCUUUAUGGUGAGCAUGUAUUGACCAAUACUGUUUCGAGGCAUAUGGACAGGGUCAACAGAGAGAUCGAAAAGACCAGUUUCUACACAAACGCAAGGUCUUUUUCGUGGAAUGCCAAAGAUUUGGAGUCGGAAGGUUCAAAGGUACAAGAUUCAAAGGUGCAGAAUUCAAAGGUGCAGAAUUCAAAGGUGCAAGAUUCAAAGGUGCAAGAUUCAAAGGUGCAAGAUUCAAAGGUGCAAGAUUCAAAGGUGCAAGAUUCAAAGAUACAAGAUUCAAAAGUGCAAGUGGAACAAUUAGAGGGAUCAAUAUAUUUGUCAAUGCUAUCGAAAGCAACCUCGUCAAACACACUCGUACCAUUUGAGUUUAUCAACCAUCCGGUUGUCAACCUCGUUGUUAUAACGGCGGACAUCACGAUUCGGGAUCUCCAGGCAGUGUACUCUGACCAAAAGAGGAAAUAUCUAGAUCUCCAUGCGAGAUUCCCGUGGUUGGACACUUCGUGCAUGAUGACUUUGUUUCUCAUCUUGGUGGAUACAGAUGCAGUGGAGCAGUUCCAGGCUUUAUCCGGCUUGCAGGACUACUGUGUGUCUGUUCUUGGUGAAGACUCCAUAGGGUGUACUUUCUCGUUUGAAAAGGCCUCGAAUUCUGAUGCUGGUCUUCCCCUGGAGAAAAUACAUGCAGACUCUUUAGAUUUUGCAGCCGCGGCUAAGUUACGACCGGACUCUAUGCUUUCUGUUGAAAUCGCCAAGAAAGUUGCCAAGCCCAUUCACUCGGCAGUAGAUACGAUUGUUUACAAAAAAAUGGUGCCUUUUCUACGUCGGAAGAUACAGAAGUGGCACGUAGAGUACGUUGUGCCCAGGAAAAGUCUAACAGGUCGUUUACUCGGUGCUGGUAGACUGUGGGGCUCGAACUCCAGCCAUCGGUCGUUUUUCUCGUUUGGGUACGGCAAGGAGAAAAGUGAGAGCUCUGAGAGUGGAGCAGGGGAUGCGGAUUCAACUCUUUACAAUGCUCAGCAGGGAUACUAUCCGUCCGCUUCACCUUUUGUGUUCCUAAGGAGACUUGGUGACUGGUACUUCAUGAUGAGAGACUACAAAAACGCGUACACGGUGUACGAAAUGCUCAAAAAGCAGUAUCUCGCCGAUCGGGCAUACGGGUACCUUUCCUCAUUGCAGGAGUUCAUGAUAGUAUCGUUGCUUCUGGGAGCAAGCUGUAAAGUGAACCCACUUGAGAAGGCAACUGAUGGAAAACGAGUGAGUGGCAUAACUGCAAAGAUUGUAAGUGAUGUCAUUGCUCCCUUUCUCGACUCCUCGUUCUACUCAUAUCUUUCUAGAUGCAGCUUGAAAACGUACACUAUCAGGUUGACACUAGUGACAGCCGAGCUUUUUCUUGUACUAGGCCAAUCCGUCGCAUAUUGCCACGAAAGGCUGUUCUCAAGAUAUGCUUUAUCUUCGGAGGCUUGCUUUAUCGAAUCCCAGAAGCUAUUCAAGCGGUUAGUCGACUCGAAAUUGGUCGAUAACGUGUGUACUGGUGUGUUGAUGCAGCGACUUUCGUAUAUUUACUACUGCAAUGAUAAGCCUGGCGUAUCCGGCAGUGAGGAAGACAAUCGACUACAGAGAAAGUCGUAUUACACGGAAUUCAACCCUGAGAAGCUGACAUUCACUCCUACGUCUCAUUUUGGGGCUUCGAGAUCCAGGAAAUCCAUUUUAUGGAUGCUACUUUGUGCCAAAACGCUUGAUCCAGUCAUUAAUCGCACUCAAGUGACUCUGGUUCUUUGGUACAUAGAAAACGAACUUCGACAGACAUUUCAUCUUGGCCCCGAGUCAACUGUUGCAUGGCCAUAUCGUAAGGGGAGUCUUUUUGUGGCGCUUAAGGCGUCUUUAGAGUAG